AUGGGGUGCCCGCACUCACCCUCUCUCCGUCUCUGCUCGCACGAUGCCCCGAAUCCCGCUCUCCCUUCGCCUGGAGCCGCGCAGCCCGUGCCCCGUCCGCCCGUGGGUCCGCCGGGGCGGGGAGGCGGGAGCGGGGCGGAGCGGGAGGAACGGGGCGGGCCCGGGGCUGCCCGGAACGGCGGCGGCUGUGGCGGGAUGGGGUGGGCGCUGCUGGCCGUGGGGCUGCUGCUGGCGCUGUACACGCUGCUCCGGCACGGGCUGCGCCCAGCCCCGCGGCCCCGCGCCCGCCCCGAGCUGCGCGGCCGCACCGCCAUCGUCACCGGGGGAAGCAGCGGCAUCGGCGCGGCCACGGCGCUGGAGCUCGCCCGGUGCGGGGCCCGCGUUAUCCUGGCGACCCGCAGCGCCCGGCGGGGAGAGGCCGCCGCCAGCCGCAUCCGCAGGGAGACUGGGAACAACGAGGUGCUGUUCAUGCGCCUGGACCUGGCCAGCCUGCGCUCAGUGAGAGCCUUUGCCAGCACCUUCCUGCGCCAGGAGCCCCAGCUGCACCUCCUCAUCAACAACGCGGGGGUGAGCGCCGGGGGCACCACAGAGGAUGGCUUCAGCCUCCCGUUCCAGGUGAACCACCUGGGCCAUUUCCUGCUGACCCAGCUGCUGCUGGAGCGGCUGCGGAGCUGCGCUCCCAGCCGGGUGGUGAUCGUGGCCUCCAGCGCGCACUGCGCCGGCCGCCUGCGCCCCGAGCGCCUGGGCCGGCCGCCCUCGGGGCUCUUCUCCGCCUUCCAGGACUACUGUGACAGCAAACUGGCCAACGUGCUGCACGCCCGCGAGCUGGCCACGCGUGAGCAGGGCACGCAGGUCACCUGCUACGCCGUGCACCCAGGGUUCGUCAACACCUCUCUGUUCCGGCACGCUCCGCUGUGGCUGCAGGCCCUGCUGGUGCCGCUGGCCUGGCUGCUGUUCCUGGAGGCGGCCGAGGGCGCUCAGGCCGUGCUGGACUGUGCCACACAGGAGGGCCUCGAGCCCCUCAGCGGCCGCUACUUCACCCACAGCGGGCCCCGGGUGCCAUGGCCGGCGGGGCGCGAUGACCGCCUGGCACGGGCGCUCUGGGAGGGCAGCGAGCGCCUGGUGGGGCUGGGGACACCCGAGGGACAUGGGGAGGGACACGGGGAGGGCCCUGCUGCUCCCACGGCACAAUAA